CAUCAAAACAACAUCAACAACAACAACAUCAAGUUCUGCCUUGCUCAUCAUCCAGUGUUUCAUUCACAUACUCUCGCACAACUCCGGGCAUAUCUCGCAAAGGAGAGGCGGGACCCGAUCACACAAUCCUUCACACGAUAACCUCUCCAUGUCACAUUACGGCGCUCCGGUAUCCGAGUUCGGAUCGUUGGCUCUCAGCGGCAGUAGCUCUGGCGAGGAAGACAUGGUCGCAGUGACCCGAUCACAAGCAGCACGGCAGGCCGGUGCAGCAGCAGUCGCAGGACGAACCAUGGCGCGCCGCGCGACAGCAACCCCCGCUACUCCCCCCAGCAGCGCACGAAGACCUGCCGCGGGUCAAGUGCGAUAUGCGGGACAAGCUCAACAGGAUGAUUCGGACGAGGAGGAAGAUGGAAUGGAUUAUCAACGGCAAGCGCGGGACAUUUUGGCCUUUUUCGAGCCAGAUGGAUUGUUUGUCAGUGAGGCAUUCAACCCCAAUUUCCCAGAUGAUCUCCGCUCGCCACGAGGUCGUGUAUUCGCCUCCUUAAUGCGGACACUGACGUCCAGGGUUCGUACCGCAGAGAGCCUCGCCGAGAUCGAGCAGACCUUUUCUACCAGCAUGCCCAGCUGGCACAGCUGGGCGACCACUCGAGUCCGACAAACGAUCGAGGGAGAGAUGCGCAAGUACGCCGACCGCUCCAUCGACAUCGUGACGUCGGUGGAUCUCCUAAGUCGCGCAGGCCAGGAAUGCGGCUAUCUGCUCAAGUAUCACUCCGAUACUACCGCCACCGAGAUGUGCGGUGUCAUGGUCAGGCUCAUGUGGUUCAUCGUCCAGAACGAUGUGCAUCUCAACCCCAACCCUGGCUAUGUCGGCGGUGCACACGAGCACAACCUUUAUCGCCGCUUCGUCAGCACGCCGCAAGCUUGGGGGCCGGUGUUAUACUGGUGGAACCAGGCUCUCGACGAUGAGGAUGUUGUCGAGAUUUUUCAGCGAGCCGCGGCGAACUUGAGGGUCCUUUGGGGAUCCGUCAGCGAGCGACAUCAGGACAGUUCUCCGGAGGAAAGCGAGUAUCGAUUCAAGGCCCAGUUCGGAUCGCUGAUCCACAAGAUUCUGAGUAAGUCGGACGCCACCCCUGCUCAUCUGCCGCUAUGAGACCUUCGCUAAUCAUACCAAUAGCUUCACCACAGUGAUGGCAACAGCGCACGAGGGCGCUAACGCAACAUAUCAUAUGUCAUAGAAGAGCCAAGCCUCGAGAUUGCUGUUGUAUUGAGCGAGAUUCGUUCGGAAAGUGCUUUCGGACAUGCAUUUUUUAGAUGGCGCAACGGGCAUUAGACUGGAGUUGGGUUGGCGGGAAAUUGUUCAUAUG